AAAGGCUGGCAGGGCAGCACUUGGCUUCUGAGCCAGGAGGGGGAGGGGGAAAGCCCCACUUCCCAGUGGGUCCCAACGAGCUAGAGGUGAAAAGCCAAGCCAGGGGGUGCCCUAGCCCUCCGACAUCACCAAAGGUGUGGGUGUGAGCCGGCCCGCAGGAGAGGGGAGGAGACUCCAAUGUUUAAACUUCCCAGCCCCGGUGGCUUUGGCUUGCUGGAUGGAGCCAAGGGGGAGCAGCUAAGGCGCUAGACCCGGCUCUUGCAGAGGACCGGCAGCUCCGCCGGCGUGGAGAAGCCCAGCGUGGAAGGCGGACCCCAGGGAGGACUGGGGCUUGCUGGACCGGAUUGAGGACUGCAGGGUCCUUGGGCAGGAGCGGGCAAUAACCAGCAGUGCAGCGUUGCAGUUAAACUGGAGCUAACUUGGUAACCUGCCCCCCCAGGUCCCCCCACUCUGGAUUGUGUCGGGGCCCGGCCUUGCUUCGCGCCGCGAUGUAUCAGAGCCUGGCCAUGGCCGCGAACCACGGCCCCCCAGCCUACGAGGGGGCCGGGGGGUUCAUGCACGGCGGGGCGGCCGCCUCCCCGGUCUACGUGCCCACCACCCGGGUCACCUCCAUGCUCCCCAGCCUGCCCUACCUCCAGAGCGGCGGCUCCUCCCAGCAGGCCAGCCCGGCCUCCAGCCACUCCAUCUGGACGCAGCCCGGUGCCGAGCCCGCCGCCUACAACCCCGGAGCCUCCCACCCGCCCGUCUCGCCCCGCUUCUCCUUCUCGCCCGGCGCCUCCCGGGAGGCCGCCCCGUACAGCAGCCCGCUGAGCCGGGAGCAGUACGGCCGGGGCUUCGGGGGCUCCUACUCCGGCCCCUACCCAGCCUACAUGAGCCCGGAGAUGGGCACCACGUGGAGCGCAUCGCCCUUCGACAGCCCCAUGCUGCACAACCUGCCCAACCGGGGCGCCGCGGGAGCCGCCCGCCACGCCAACCUCGCAGAGUUCUUUGACGACUAUUCUGAGGGGCGAGAAUGCGUCAACUGUGGAGCCAUGUCCACCCCACUCUGGAGGAGAGACGGCACGGGCCACUACCUAUGCAACGCAUGCGGGCUCUACCACAAGAUGAACGGCAUCAACCGACCGCUGAUCAAACCCCAGAGGCGGCUGUCCGCCUCCCGCCGCGUUGGGCUCUCUUGUGCCAACUGUCAUACGACCACGACCACGCUGUGGCGCAGAAACGCUGAAGGCGAGCCGGUCUGCAACGCCUGCGGACUGUACAUGAAACUCCACGGGGUCCCAAGGCCUUUAGCAAUGAGAAAAGAGGGGAUUCAAACGAGGAAACGUAAGCCGAAGAACCUUAACAAAUCCAAGACACCAGCAGGGCCAUCCAGUAGUGAGAGUCUUACCCCCACCACCAGCUCCACCAGUAACACCAACACCACCGCCAACACCGAGGAAAUGCGCCCCAUAAAGACGGAACCGGGGCUUUCAUCUCAUUAUGGGCACCCGAGCCCUAUUUCUCAGGCAUUCUCAGUCACCGCGAUGUCUGGGCACGGAUCUUCUAUUCACCCUGCUAUUUCAGCCCUGAAGCUUUCCCCACAGGGCUACCAAUCAGCCAUGAGCCAACCUCCACAGGCCAGCUCCAAACAGGACUCCUGGAAUAGCCUGGUGUUAGCCGAAAGCCAUGGAGACAUCAUAACUGCAUAACCUCUUCCUCCUCCCAUGGACUUCAGGCUCACCCGCAUGAGAUACAAAGAUGCCACGUAAUAAUCAAGCAAAAGCUGUUUGCUUUUUUCCCUUUCUCCUCGAGGGAAAUAUGAUGGAAUUCUGGAAGAACAAUUCCAUACGGCAUUAUAAAGAGGACUUUCAGGAACAGCUAAUCCUAAAUAAGCAGAGAAGACCCAGUUUCAGAAUAACAGUGGCUGAUCUGAAUCUUUCCCUUUAAAAAAAACCAGAUUGUAACCACUUUCUAUGAAACAGCUAGAAACAAAGACAGGACUCAGGUGUUUUUUAAACUUCUGGCUUUGACAUCUCGGACAGCGAUGGCACGGAGACACUUUCUUCUUCUCACCAUCCAUUCAUUUCCUAACCUGGUCAGCCCAGGAGAAAAUGCCAUCACCUUGUUAUAGCCCAAAGGCAGAGAUUUGAUGACCUUCCAUUCAGUGAAGCCGGCUCCAGGACAAUUUGUUGCAUAGACUUACAAAGAAUCUGACACAACUUUGGCUGCUUUCGUGGAUUUUAAUACCGUGAUUCAGUUUAAGAAGAAAGAAGAACUCCGCUUACACAUCUACCAAAACCUCCAAAGCUUUGUUUUCAUGUUACCAAGGAGUCAGAGAUCCGAACCAUUGUACUUAUUUAACGGGAACGAUUUUCUUUCCCAGUUAUGGGAUCGUGUUUCCAGAAGGCUGAGCCUGGAGAAGGUCUCCGAGCCAGACCUAACGCUUCGGUGAAAGUCUUUGCGAGUUGCGGGGGAAGAGACCCAGAGAGUUUAUGAAAAACAUGGCAGAAAAUGUUGGAUUCUGCCCUUUGAGAUAGCGAGGAGCCUGGUUCGAGGAUCCCUAGAGCAGGGGAGCACUGUGAUUGCCGCCGUAACAUGGUGCUGCAAUUGUGUAUGACCCUGUGGCCUAUCACAAUUAAUUAUUUUACAUUCUUUCUGAUGUCCGUUGCCAUUGAUAAAUCUGAUUUUCUUUUUUCCAAGGCAGUAUCUGCCUUUUACCCCAAACGCGGACCUGUGUCCCUCCCCCACGUCCAAUCAAAGCCAAUUAGCAAUUCAGCUUUCCUAAAGGCAUCACCAUGGGCAGAAAGCUGCUUUGUGAUCAUCCACUGUGUAACUGAACAUCAUAGGCAGGGAAAAUCUCGUCGCCAGCUACGCAUGAGCACACAGCUGUGAUGUCCGUGGGACAAGCUUAAUUACAUGUAUUUUUUAAAUAUGAAGAGACUAGUGUUGUCUCCCCACAAGGCCCAGAAGAGUGGCUGCCCCAUGGAGGGCCAGCACUAUUUGUCUAGGCAGAGAACUUCUUGGGGCCCUUUUGAUCAACCAAACAGGUUCCCCCAUCUCCUUCUCUCCCGCUCAGCUCUCAGGCACCCAUCUCUCCUCUCGUCUGCCCAACCUUUCUAUCUGUCCUCCUUAGAGUCAAAACUUGACUAUGUAAAGCACUAAAAGAAAAUAUAGAGGGGGGAGGGAUUGUGCCCACCAGAUCCAUAUACAAAGGGGUCCUCAGUGUGUGAGUCUCUCCUGAACAGACGGGGUGGGGGUGGCCCCUAAGCUGUCGCCAUGGCAACAUUCCCCAUCUCCCUCCAACCCUGCAAAGGCCUCUCUGUAGGUUUGAAGUCAACACCAGGUAGGGUGACCAGAUGUCCCGAUUUUAUAGGGAUAGUCCAGAUUUUUGGGUCUUUUUCUUAUAUAGGCUCCUAUUGCCCCCCACCCCUGUCCCGAUUUUUUACACUUGCUCUCUGGUCACCCUAACACCAGGGUGAGUGGGUGGGACGCAAUGGCCAGAGAUGGGGCUGUGGACAGACAAAGGGCUGUUUUGUCUCUCCACUGCAACUUCCCUGGCUGGUGCGAUGCCCUUUUAAGGGGGUGUUGCUGGGGCAGGCGCAGCUGGGGAGAUGCUAAUGGAGCUGUGCUGACAGGGACUGGGAGCAAGGGGUGCAGCAUUGCAGUGGAAGCAUGGACCCUUCCAGUUCUCCUGGGAUCUGAAUAGAUCCUUGGAGAUCCACAGGGUUUCUGGAUGGGUUCCACAGCUGAUUGCAGGUGGGUGGUAACUGCACCCCCUGGUGGCGGAACAAUGUGGCAGGAGAUCCUUGCGGUGUUUUUCUCACCAUGAGACACCUCCCAUGGGGUAUCCUGCAGUAGGGGGGGCAUGAUCCAGCCAAUAAUAAGGAACAAUCCUGCACAGGGCCCACAGGAAUGGAUUCCAUGACCUGCUAGGUCUUUUCCAUCACUAACUUCCAAGAUUCCCAGAGUCUCUAUCUCCAUCACCCCUCAUCCUCUUACCUUGCAAGGACCGGUGUCAAGGUUGGUCUGAUUAACAUCUUCAUUAAUGAUCUAGAAGAGGCAGUACAUGAGGUAUUAAUAAAAUCUGCAGAUGAUACUGAAUGAUCUACCGCUCCUAGUAAGUUGUGAAUGCUAGUGAGGACAGAAAAACAAUACAGACGGUACUAGGCCUAAUUAAAUAUAUGGGAGUUUUUCUGUUGACUUCAGUGAGCUUUGAAUCGGGCCCGUAGCGAGGUUAAAAACAUGGUCAGAAAAGACCAACAGGGCAUUCAGGCUGGAAAAAUACAAGCGCAUCCACCUGGGGGGGGAAAUAACACAAAAGACAAUGUGAUUUUGAGAUGACUGCACAGAGGCAGCAAACAGCUCACAGCAUCUCCCUGAGCAUGGGUGUGGUUCUUCUGGCUAGGAUCUUCUUUCACUGGAUCCUUCAGCCAGCCUUCUCCCUGAGUAACAGCACCUCUUUCAAUCUGGUGAACUCGCUGUCCACCUGUGCCUGAAACUGCCCUAGACAUUCCUUUCCCUGAGAGAGAUGCACACUCACACAAACACACCUUGAACUUGACCGAAAGUAAUGCCAACAUCCGGGGACAUUUUAAAGUAGGUUGGGCAAAACACUAGUAAAUGUAGGAGUUCAAGUAUCGUACCUUGAUGGGGAGCAGGGCUAGAUGGUCUUCUAGCUGCUUGCCAUCUCUGGAAUCUAAGACCCAAAGCAAACAGAAUGUUCCUUUCUCGCUGUGAGUACAUUCAAUGGUUUGCCCCUGCCCGUCCUUCAGGUCUGGGGAGAGAUUUUGGAGCUAGGGCUAGGACUCUUCUGGAAAAGCAAUGCGUAAGGGAGUUUUUGAGGGUCUUUUCACCAAGAGACGUAGCCACCUGUGAAGCAGGGAGCUUUGGGGGCAUGAGGAGAGCAGUUUUGCUACGAUUAGCAGAAAAGUGAAUUGUUUCAAUAUUCUUCAUGUAUCCUUAUUUCUCUCUCCGUUGUACACAGCAGAAGUACAGAUGAAUCAAGAGAGCUUCUUGUUCUACUGCUCUUUUAAAUCAUCCAACGCUGCUCUCAGAUAUUUUAGAUCCACAGCCCUAGACUACUUCCCACCCAAUAGCGUUGUUCUUAAUCAAGUUUAUGAUGGUAGUGCCUAGGGAUCCACCGAGAAUGGGGCCUCAUUGUACUAGGCGCUGCAUAAACCCAGAGUAGCAGACAGUCCCUGUCCCAAAGAGCUCACAAUCUAAAUAGCUGUUAGACAUUAGCUAGAGACUAAGCUAAUUAUUAUUCUUAUUUAUUAUUUGUAUUAUUUUAGCUCCUAGGAGCCCCAGUCGUGGACAAGGACCUGGUUGUGCUAGGUGCUCUACAAACAGGAUGGGAAAUCGACAUAUUAAUUCAAACGCAAGGCUUCCAAGCAAUUAGUCUGCGAAAGCCAGCAGUGGGCUGAAUGUCAGUUGCAAGAUCUAGGACCAUGUACAGAUCCUUCUGCAGGUCGGAGAGACUUCAGCAGGGGGUGAUGUUGAGAAAGGCGAACAUAUUUAUUAGGCUGAUGAAUCCUAGAAAUGGGGGAGAUCUGAGAAACCUCCUAAGAGGUGUUAUGAAGCAAUGAGGUCAGAGCGCAACGGCCUUCGGAGGUUUGCUACAGCCCAUUGUAAAGCAAGGGUCCAUUUAUAAAUGGGGGGGGGGGUGUUUGUCUUUCAGCCACUCCCUUCUUUAGUUUGGAGGGGAGGGGGUUGGAUCCAGAGUUGCGGGGAGCGGGGAUUUGCUUGUUUGGUUUUGGUUCUGGCCCAUCUCUAAUUACAAUAAGAUGAGCAGGUUACUGAAAGCUUAUAAAGACAAGAUUAUUUAUUAUUUGUAUUACAGUAUGAUCAGUGGUCUCAAUCAGGGCCCCAUUGUGUUAGGCGCUGUGCAAAAAACAGAGCACCCUAUCCUGCCUUAAAGAGCUUAAAAUUGGAAGGCCCCGAUCUUGCAAACACAUAAGCACAUGCAUAAAUUCACUCAUGCGAGUAGCCCCAUAAAAAUCAAUGAGGUUCCUCACGUGAGUAAAUUUAUAUAUGUACUUUAAAGGUUUGCAGGAUCAGGGUCUAAGCUGCAAAUACCAAUAGGAUCAGACCUCUGCUAUGGGCCCUUUGGCAAUCUAGGGACAUGCGGAGAAGGUAUCCAUGGUGGACACUGGUGGGUUAGAAAGGUCAUUUACCAGUACUAAUUGUCUUUCCUCUUUGUGAAAGUGCAAUAUCUUUAAUCACUGAUGCAUUUUUUUAUCAGAAAAGAUCUGUAUUUCGAUUGCAGUCUUACUGGCUGAUUGGAACGUCUCUGAUCAGGAAGCGUUAAGGAAUUUUGAAGGGGAGUUGUAAUGCUGAUCAACAAUUCUUAAUGUAACUCUGAAGCUGUGACUAUGUUGUGGGGUUUUUUGUUUUUGUUUUUCCUUUUGUAAAGUUUGAUGCUUCCCAAACUCAUCGGGAAGGUCCCCAUGAAAACAGACACUUAUUUGUAAGGGGGGUGGGGGUAAAUGAACAAGCUGUAAUUAUUUAAAGAUGUAAAAAAAUAUAUAUUAUGAAUUAGUAUGGCUACCAAUCCACAUAACUUCUACACCUUUCGAACUAAUGGAAAUAAAACAAUGGUAAUAAAAAUUAUAAUAAUAAAGCUUCUUUCUUACGGGAA